UCCUGUGCCCGUGUUUCUCCCGCUGCGUUUUCACUAACCCGGAGACAUUGUUGGCGAUGUCGGAGGUGGAAAGACUUCAGCAGUUGUUUCUUACCACAGACGAGCGUUAGUUUAGAGAAAUUCAAAGUGUAACGGCCGCGUCUCCGCAUCGCGCCCCGCAUGUGACUGAGCAGACAGGGGAGGAGCGGUCGGUCUCGUGUACAGUACCGUGUAACAUCGAGUUCCAGUCAACGGUAGCUUGCUAGCGACACACCAACAAAAACCCAGACCGAGGCAGGACUGAAAGCAUCGACUGGCUCGUCUCUCUCGGGUUUGAACACGAACAGGAUCCAGCCUUCUAGAUCUGCUCAUGUAGAUGUUGUGGGAGCUUCAGCCAAGGACAUCAGCGCAGUAGGAAACGAGAUGAGCACCAAGAGGAAGGCGGAGAGUCACUCUUGGGCAACAAACAAACUGUGCUCUAUGAAGCCAGGGGACACCAGAGCAGAUUCAGAGAGAGACUCUGGAUUCUCAGAUGCGAGCUCAGAGCACACGGGCACAAUGGACACCACAGACUCUGAGGACUCACCCCGCCCUGCUGUGCAGCAAGGGUCUCAGUGCUCCAGCUCCGGGUCCCAGACAUCUCAGCUGGCUGUAGUGGGAGGCUCCUACUCCAGCCUCUCCCCCAUGAUCAUCAUGAACAACGUCCUUCUCAAGCAGCCUGGAGACAACCCCCCUGCUCUGAAGCCGUGGGGAUUCAGUCCAGCUGUGGAGGUUGUUCAGCCGGUGGUCCAGCAACCUCAGGUGGUUUUCCUCCAGCCUGUGGUUUCUCACCAAGCUUCCAAAGACACCUCCUCAAGACAUCGACGCCCAAAGAAGUAUCUUCCCAUCCUGAAGUCCUACCCCAAGAUUGCCCCACACCCUGGAGACAGCUCCAGUUCUUCAGGGAGAGGGACUGCUUCCUCUUCUUCCUCCUCCUCCUCUUCUUAUUCCUCAUCCAUUUCCUCAGGGUCAGAGAAAGGCAGCAGCUUGGCUUCUAGCCACCGGGAACGCGGUCAGAGAGACAAGCAGCAGAGAAAUCUGUCUGGUGGUCCUAGUAACCCUGGGUCGACCGCUCCAAGUCUUCCUGCUCCUCCCAGCUCCAUGUCCCCUCUGCUUCAGCAGCGACUCGGUCUCUCCCCAACAGAAACCAGCGCCAGCAGCAGCCCUGCCAGGGAGAGGCCCACACCAGCUGUCAGCCACUCAGAGUUCCCCCCCUCCCUGUCCCUCACUCCCUCAAACCACACCAAUAGCUCCAAGAACCAGACACUCCCUCUUCCACCGUCCCAGGUUGCCACCCAAGAGAACAGCUGCCAGCGUGAACGUAACCACUCUGACAGCGAUCCUGAUAACAAGAGGAAGCGGUUCUGCAACACCUACAACAUCCUGAGUAAAUCUGGCCUGCUAGACAUCACACUCCGAACCAAGGAGCUGCUCAGGCAGAACCGACGGACCCAGAACGAUUUAGACCGGCUGAAGGAGCACACCAACCUCUUCCUUCAGGCCCUGCAGAGUGGUGAUAGCGGCAUCUAUGACAAGUUGCAGGCCAGCCUUCAGGAGGAAGACAGGGAAAAAGAGAAAGAGAAGGUUGCCCAGAGCAGCUUAAAGGCAGAUUAGACCUAGACUAAGGCUAGACAGUAAUCCUUUAGACUGAGAUGGGGAAAUAAAGAGCAGGGGGGGUUGGAGAGCACAGAGACAGAUGGACCAGAAGUAAUGGGACCAAAGUACGCCCACUGACCCCAGUCUCUUUAACACAGACAGUGUGUUGUGGCCUACAUUCUGGCUGCCGUCUGCCUUAGCCCACACGGGGCAAAGCCACAGCUCAGUUCUCUGUUUGCGCCCAAUCUGGCUCGAUCUCUUCACUGAAAUUGCCUCUGCUGUGCACAAAUCCCUUACUAAGUGGCAGUCACUGCAUUAAUUUCAUCAAUUCAACCUGACAGCCCCAUUCUGUAAAUUUCUAAGACUGGUUAUUUGUGCAUGAAACAAUAUUUGCAUCUAAAACUGAAAAGCUUCAGCUUUUACAGAAUUUCUCAUCUCAGCACAUAAACUUAUGCAGGCUGAUGUUUCUUAUGAGCUGUAACUGUUUUGUGUAAUUCAUGGUAGCUCUGCUCUGUCCCAUUGAUACUGAGGUGUUGCCUAGCUAACAUUCAUGUACUAGUCAGUGUAGACCCCUGAGAAGGGGUCUUUCAAAAAGAAAGUCUAAUGACAAAGUAUGCUUGUAAUCUAAAGUACUUUGUGCUGCAGUCAGCAGUUUUAUAUCUCUGAUUAUCAGGCGUAAGACUAUAUUUUCAUGUCAGAGUGAAUGUUCAGGGCCUCUUGCCUAUUUUCAUCUUCAAACAGGAACAUGUGCCUAAAGUGUCUCCAUAAUUUCUGCUGUAUUUUGGAACUUUUUGCAUGUAAGCUUUGGCACAGUUUGUCGACACCUUCGUGCUUAGCUUUCCCAUCAUGUUGAUGGCAGCUGUAAUACUGUACUUUGAAAACUGACUGGGAGUGUAGCUCUGAGCAGUCCAUUCAAGUGGAGCGUGCUUCCUAUAGCUCAUAACAAUCAAUAUUUAUUAAUGGCUUGAUGUGUGUUUUGUAGCCUUUAUCUUUUGUGGGGGCGGUUAUAAAGAGGGAUGUAAUUUAAUGAAUUCCCUACCUUAAUGCACACUUUGGGUUUUUAGCUUCUGUUUGGAAUUAUAAAGUGCAUCAACCUUGAUGGAGUUUUAUGAAAGAAACUUGAUAAAACCUAAAUGGGCAUGAAAAAACAACGACUAAGACAGUUCCCUUUGUUUCGAACUGUACUGGUACAUCAAUCUGUGGGUUCAUUAGUGAAAGAGGACAGCAGCUCAGCUUCUGGUUAAGGUAUUCAACGUCCAGAUUGUAGUUUAUGAACUCCAGAGUUCAUAAUCAGUCAUGGAGUUUUGGCCAGCAUAUCUAAUUUUCUUUUUUUUUCUGUGUUUGUAGUUAUGGCCUUAAUAUCCAAACCUUUUGUGUUUGCACUAAAAUAUCUUGAGAGUGGCUCUGAAGCAAUUUGAGUGAUCCUUCAAGGCAGCUAUGUCAGAAACACAAACUGCAAAGGUCUUUUUUUUUCUUUAUAAUUUACUUGAAGUGCAUUGUGAGGCAUCUGUACAGUUUUCAUGAAUGACAAUACAUUAUGACAUUGUCAUGAGCUUUUUUUUUUUUUUUUUUUUACCAGCAAUGUUUUCCUUUAGCAUUCUGCUCUUAAUUUUAUCAUAUUAUGUGUACAUCUAUUUUGUGAUGAUCACAAUGUACUCUGUGUGCUUAUGUUGACUUAAAAUGGCAUACAGGGAACACCUCAAGUAAUGGAUGACUUCUUUUCAACUAUUGCAGUCUUUAGCCAUAUGUAUCUGAAAAUAAAGAACUCUUGGUGUCUCUUCUAAGCAAAGGUUUGAAAUGCCAUGAGACGUUUUGCAAACAAAUUCAGGUUGUGUGCAUAAGAAACACAGCAACAGGAUUUUUGAGCCUAUGAUAUGUGUAGUUUUAUUCUAAUAGGUCCAGUAAAAUAUGCCAUAUAUGUUUAAGACAGGCCUUAUUGAGAAAUAUCUUGUGUUCUGUGGUGAUCCAGAUUUAAUUGUACAUUGUAACUCCAUAAACAAGCAGCAAGACCACAGGCAGGAUCCUUGGCUUUAAACAAAAGCGGUGCCAGUGUGUUUGUGCUUCAGGUUUUACAGCUGCAGGUCAUAAUUCAGGGCAGCUGUAUGUAUUUACCUGCCAUGUUGUUGGUGCUUUUUUUUGUCCUAUGCUAAUAACUCCAAAA